AUGUGGGAUUCUCCCAUUGCCACCUUAAGGAUUCACAAUGAUACAGAUUCAAGCAAGCCAACUCAAGAGGUCCUGGAAAAGAACAACGCAACAUCUUGGUCAGAAUUCAUUCUUAUGGGUUUUUUGAGCCAAUCGAAAUCACCCAGUGUCAUCAUGACUCUGUUUGUCAUGAUGUUCAUCAUGGUCCUCUCUGAAAACAGCCUCCUCCUCUACCUGAUCCACGUGGACUCUGGCCUCCAUUCCCCAAUGUAUUUUUUCCUUGGUCAGUUGUCUGUCAUGGAUAUUUCUCAAACUCUCGCCAUCGGCCCUAAAAUGCUUGUGGACUUUUUAAGGGAGAACACCAUUUCACUGACUGGGUGCUCAGCCCAGAUAUUUUUCGUACUGCUCAUGGGCAACGCAGAAUGCCUAAUCCUUGCAGUAAUGUCCUAUGACAGGUACGUGGCAAUCUGCAAGCCCCUCCAAUAUCCGGUCCUCAUGAGAAGAACUGUCUGUCUCAUCCUGACCGCGGUGGUUUGGUUUUGUGCCUUUGGUGCCUUGGGACCCAGCAUGUACAUGCGGCUACUGCACUACUGUGGCUCCAAUGUAAUCUAUCACAUCUUUUGUGACCUCCCGUCGAUGCUGAAGUUGUCCUGUUCUGAUACAUCUCGCUUGGAAAAGACACUGGUUUUUACUGGCUUUCUUCUGCUGAUCCUCCCUUCAGCCAUCAUUCUGGCCUCCUAUGUGUGCAUUCUUGCUACGGUCUUGAGGGUGCACUCUUCUGAAAGGAGCCACAAGGCUCUCAGCACUUGCCUGUCUCACUUGACUGUGGUGGGGCUCUUUUAUGGGGCAGCCAUGUUCAAAUACUUGAGACCCAGGUCCUACCAAAUGCCAUACCACGACGAUAUGGUUUCUGUGUUUUGCCUCAUCGUCACUCCCAUGAUGAACCCUCUCAUCUACAGCCUGAGGAAUCGGGAUGUGCUGGCGGCACUGAGGAAAACGUUCCGGAAAAACACAUCUUGUGUACCUACCCCAAAAUGGUAA